AAAGGAAGAAGAAUAGAAGAUGCAGUGGAGAGUUGAAUCGCAUACCAAAACCUGCGACCUAUUGAGUUGAGAGCAUCCGGUAGAAGAAUGUUGUUAGCGCUGGUUUCUCCUACAUCCUUUGAUUCAUUUUCUUCUUUCACUUUCAUCACACCCACAAACCCUCCUCUCUCUCCCAUUUCCAUUUCCUGCUCCUUCAACCCUUUCGGGCUUCCCCCAUCAUAUUCAACUCGAAAAAUCCUCCAUCGCCUGAAACCCAUUACAAAUCAAACCCAACCAGACCUUAAAAGCAUGAAUGGCACCACCCCAAUCGAUGAUCGGUGGUCUCUUCGUGGAGCUACGGCCCUCGUCACCGGCGGCACUCGCGGAAUCGGGCGUGCGAUUGUGGAGGAAUUGGUGGGUUUUGGGGCAAGAGUUCAUACGUGUUCUCGGAAUUUGAGUGAGUUGCAACAAUGUUUGAGGGAUUGGAAGAAUUUGGAGUUUGGAGUUUCUGGGUCGGUCUGCGAUGUGUCGGUUCGAGCUCAGAGAGAGGAGCUAAUGGAAACAGUGGCUGCCAAUUUUGAUGGGAAGCUCAACAUUCUUGUAAAUAAUGUUGGUAGAAAUAUACGAAAGCCAACUGCAGAAUUCACGGAGGAAGAAUUUUCGUUUCUCAUGAAAACCAAUGUCGAAUCGGUAUUCCAUUUAUCUCAACUGGCUUAUCCUCUUCUAAAAGCAUCGGGCCGGGGAAGCAUCGUGUUCAUGUCCUCAGUGUCUAGUUUCGUGUCUCUGAAGUCCAUGUCUGUUCAAGGAGCAACCAAAGGAGCUAUCAAUCAACUCACAAAAUACUUAGCUUGUGAAUGGGCCAAGGACAACAUUAGGAGCAAUGCGGUCGCCCCGUGGUACAUCAAAACGUCAAUGGUGGAGCAAGUACUGAGUAACAAAGUGUACGUCGAAGAGGUAUAUUCUCGAACCCCACUUCGACGACUGGGAGAACCGAGUGAGGUAUCAUCUCUGGUUGCAUUCCUUUGCCUACCUGCUUCAUCUUAUAUUACUGGCCAAAUCAUUGGUGUUGAUGGAGGGAUGUCUAUUAAUGGCUUUGACCCAAGAUAACAUAAGAAGGAAUAACUUUCUUUUAUCGGCUCGGCUCGCUAAUCAGCUUAGAGGGUCGAUUUUCUUGCGCUCCAAGGGAUGCAGACCUUUUCGAAUCUUAUCAAUGGAAACUACACAUGUUCCCUCUCUUCUCUACCUUUUUAUGUUUUCUUUGUAUAUGGUUCUCAGGACAUUUAAAAGGAUCUCUGUUGCAGAGUUUAUUUGUUCAUCUUAUAAACGAUCAUUGCAGAUGA